UGAUGCCGCCUGCAGCAGGCUCCUCGUCAGGCAGUAUCGACAUGGAGCUGCUGAAGGAAAGGGAGAUCGACAGAAGCAGGCUGCAGGGCGGAAAGCUCCUGGGAGAGGGCGCUUUUGGACAUGUCGUCGAGGCAACGCUCACACAACCCGAGGAAGUCGAUGUGGUGGUGACUGUAAAGAAACUACAAGACGAUGAUGACCCCCAGGCCAGACAGGCCCUUCUGCGGGAAACCUGCAUCAUGUUGUUGUGCGGUAACCAUGACAACGUCCUCAGGCUGAAAGGCAUCUGUUUUAGAGACGGCCCGCUCCAACUGGUUCUGGAAUAUGCCGAACACGGGAGUCUCCUUCACCUGCUGUGGACUUUACGUGCGGAGUCCAAACUCAACAGGACCGUUCUGGUCAAAAAACGGCACAUCUUCGAGAACAUGAUGGUGGAGGUCUGCUGCGGACUGGAGCACCUGGCGACCAUGAGGCUGGUUCACCGAGACAUCGCGGCCCGGAACAUCCUGAUCUGCGGGAAGGGAACCGCCAAGAUCGCGGACUUCGGGCUGGCCCGGGACAUGUACGCUGUGGGGUACCAUCGGCAGCACAGGGGCCACGACCUGCUGCCGCUGAAGUGGAUGGCGCCAGAGGGCCUGAAGAACGAGGCUAGGUUCACACACAAGAGUGAUGUCUGGUCCUUCGGGGUUCUGUUGUGGGAAGUGGCGCAGCUGGGCCGCACGCCGUAUCCUGGGAUGGAGGGGGCAGGCAGAAUAUAUGAUGCUCUGCAAAACCACUUCAGACUCCCUAGGCCUCAGUUGUGUACAGAAGAAAGAUACCAGCUGAUGCUGAAGUGCUGGAAGUUUAACGAGAAGUCCAGGCCGGACGCCACAACUGUCAGGAAACUACUGAAGGCGGAUCCCAACGGCUUUUUCUACUUCAACGCACCUGUGACAGCGAUAGAGGCACCAUUAACUCCGGUAUGAGACCUGUGGCAGCGAUAGAGUCACAAAUAAUUAACUCCGGUAUGUGACCGAAUCGGACGCAAAUACAAGGCUAAAGUGACGUCAGCCUGGAUAUAGCUGAUGGCUGCACAAGACUGGACAAUACUACUAUUAAUGUGACCCUCGUGGUUUGAUACAUGAUGUAAACAGUAUGUUUAGUUUACAGACACAAUUUUGCCAAGCUGGCCUCCUAUUUUAGUAUCUAUCAAAUGCUUUCUACUACAACUACUGAAUUGGUUCUGCAUUCCUUUUGUAUCACUGUAGGUAGUUCAGUUCAGUAUGUACCACUUGUAAAGUUGAUUUCGUGUCUCAAUAAAACCCAACUGAA